ACCUGUGCGGAAGGGGCAGCGCUGUUCAGAGCUGGGAGAGUAGAAGACGAAGAGGAGGAGGAAGAAGAAGAAGAGGCAGUAGCAGCAGGAUCACAACUGCACAGUCCACCUCCAGUCUCUUUUAGCUGUCUGGGGCUGACCCUUAACCUUGUGGACUAGGUUCUUCCCAAGUGAAUUCUUCAGAUUGGGAUCCUUUAUUUUUCUUUCUUUCAUUUUGUUCAUACUUUCAUCAAGAUGCAGGCACAGCUGGCGUGUAUGCUCCUUCUCUUUUUCACAUGUGGGGGACUUUGUACAGAUGUGGACCAGGAGCAGCGAGCCCUGGAGGAGGAGCUGCUCAGCAGUCUCUUCACUUCUAAGAUGAGACAGAACAAGCAGAGUGCCCCCUACUGGCGUAUGUCACUGUCCAACCUGUGCAGGAUGGUGAGCAGCCUGAGGCAGGAGACGUGGAGCGCUGAGGAGCGGGAGGAGGGCGAGCUGAGGGGAGAGAGCCUCCAGAUGCUGGAGGAGCUGUACAGCCUGCAGCACAUCUGCAGAGCGCUGCAGAGCCGAGAGGAGAGGCUACUUCACGACUCUCUAGAAUAUUUAGAGGAGAACAGUGACACUCCGCUGAAGCGAAAAUCUCCCUACAUCCUAAAGAGGCAAGCGACGCACACCACCAAGUCCCGGAGGCCAUACAUCUUAAAACGGAGUACAGUUUACUGACAGCCAUCCCAGAGGCCGAGGUGAUGUGUAAAGGGACCAGACCAUAUACUGUACUGUCUGUGGAGAUGUGAUUGUGUUUCUUUUAUCUCCUUUCUUGUAACUGCUACGUUUCUUUAAUCUGUUUCAUCCAGUCAGACCCUUCGAUUGUCUGUCCAGCAUAGAGGCCUGCCUGUAUUCUGCUCCUUUCAAAUAUAGGUCCUGAAAAUAAAACCCUGAGCAUCAAACAAAAUGUGUAUCUUUGAGAAACUAUAUUUAUGUACUCAACAUUUCUUCGCU